GACGUCACCGUGGGAGUGUCCACCACUGGGAGAAAUGAACGGUCAUCAACACAAUUCUGAGCGCUCGUAAGUUAAAAUUCAACCCCCAAAACCCCCCAAACAUUUUGGCUGUCGGUGUUCUGAAUGGAACGGGGUUUCAUGCAGGUCACGUGACGCAGGACUUGGCUGGUGACGCGCUGUCUGCCUCUCGCCUGUAGCUAACAGGACCGGAGCUGAGGCGAUGUUUUUUAGCUAGAGAGCUUAGCCAACCUGCUAAUUGACAGGCUGCGUGGCGAGUAAGCUCCUCAUUCUCCUCCAGGUUAUUCAGACGGAAGAAAAAACGGAACAUUUGGACAACAAAUCAAGUUUAUUUAACUUUAAGGACAACACCCGGUGGAGUGCUUUUAUUUAUUUAUGGGACUGCAUGUGUUUGCAAAAUUACCACAGAAUCCUGUGACUGAAGUUUCACCUUUUUAAACUGGAAAAAAUAACCGUGGCAACGUGUUUUUGGAACUUUCCUGGGAUUAUUCACUAUUUUUUAGUUGUGGAAGGAUCAUCACAUAUCUACUACGGAUGGCCACAACUAAAGCCUGACCUGAGGAGCAAGUCAGAAACAAACAGGUUGGACUCAUGACAAGCAUGACAUUGAGCCAGGCCACAGAUGCAUGCCCACUCAAAGGGUCCGACUGAGCGCCGACCCCUCUGCUUCCCUGGCGUUCCCCCGGCCGCUCGGCGGGGUGACGGCGGGGCGUAGCUAGUCUCCUGCACCCCCAAGUAGAAGCUCGCUGUGAAGCUGGAGGUCUCUGAUGGAUCAGGGUAGUAGUGAGCAGAGUCCAGAGGAGCCGGACUCAGCGGGCCGAGCGGAGCUGGAGGUUGGCCGGAGGGCGUCGGAGUCUGAGCACGGCUUGUCCAAAAUCACCCAUAAUGCCCUGGAAAACAUGGGGGCGUUUGGUCAUGGUUUGAAGCAGCUCUUCCAGCCACAGCGCCGGCGCUCCUCCGUUUCCCCACACGAGUCCGCCUCAACCUUCCCGCCCCCUGACCCCGCUGACGUAGGGCCAGACGUAGGCGACGCUCCCGCCUCCGCGGGCCUCCCUCCGGAUUCUGACGGCCCUGCCACUUCCGCUCCUCCUGCAGCUCUGAGUCGCGUCCUACAGCAGAUCAGAGGCCCACCGAUGAUGAAGCGAGGCACCAGCCUGCAGAGCCGCCGCAGCAAGUCGGGGGUGAGCGGGGACCCUCCGCCCAAAGGAAGCCCGCAGAUCCACCGGCGCAGCACUCAUGAAGCACUUCUGCAGGCUGGGCGCCCACGCUCCUCCUCCACCACAGAUACACCCAGCUGCCCCGCCCUGGUGGACAUACUAACAACCUCUGGAUACCACUCCACUGAAGAGCCUGACAAGGUGGAUCGGUAUGACGGCUCAGGCCCUGCUGUGUCGCCAAAUGCUCUCCCUUAUGGAGCAGAAGGUUACGACGCUGUAGACGGCACCCCAGACCCCCAGCGCACCAAACAGGCGAUAGCCCAGCUACAGCAGAAGAUCCUCAAGCUGACGGAACAAAUCAAGAUCGAACAAACCGCUCGGGACGACAAUGUGGCCGAAUACCUGAAACUGGCCAACAACGCAGAUAAACAGCAGAGCGCGCGCAUCAAACAGGUGUUUGAGAAGAAGAACCAGAAGUCGGCUCAGACCAUCCAGCAACUGCAGAGGAAGCUUGAGCACUACCACAGGAAGCUUCGGGAGGUGGAGCACAACGGCAUCCCUCGCCAGCCCAAAGAUGUUUUUCGAGAUAUGCACCAAGGACUGAAAGAUGUGGGAGCGAAGGUAACGGGGGGCUUCUCCAGCUUUUCACAGGCGACCCAUUCUGCAGCUGGAGCGGUGGUCUCCAAACCCAGAGAAAUCGCCUCCCUGCUCCGCAACAAGUUCGGGAGCGCAGACAACAUCGCAGCUCUGAAGGACUCUUUGGAUGAAGCGCAGGGAGACGAGGGCGUUGGUCCUGGAGGAUCGCGGACCCUGGGGACCGGACAGUUACAAUCCAGCCCCAAGUACGGCAGCGACGAUGACUGUUCAAGUGCUACGUCUGGUUCUGCAGGAGCUAACAGCACCCCUGGAGCCCCCGGAGGCCCUCCCAGCUCCAGGGUCAACACGCUGGAGCUCGCCCAGGCCUCAGGCUUUGAUGUGGUCCUCCACGAGAUCCAAGAGCUCCGGGAAAACCAAAGUCGACUGGAGGAGUCUUUCGACAACUUAAAAGCCCACUACCAGCGAGAUUACACCAUGAUCAUGGAGGCCCUGCAGGAAGAGCGGUACAGGUGUGAGCGCUUAGAAGAGCAACUUAACGACCUGACGGAGCUGCACCAGAAUGAAAUUCUAAACCUCAAACAAGAGCUCGCCAGCAUGGAGGAAAAGAUCGCCUACCAGUCUUAUGAGAGAGCCAGAGACACGCAGGAGGCACUGGAAGCCUGUCAGACGCGCAUCUCCAAGAUGGAGCUGCAGCAGCAGCAGCAGCAGGUGGUGCAGCUGGAGGGGUUAGAGAACGCCACGGCGAGGACUCUCCUCGGGAAGCUGAUCAACGUGCUGCUGGCCGUGAUGGCCGUGCUGCUGGUGUUCGUGUCCACCGUCGCCAACUGCGUCGUCCCCUUGAUGAAAACACGCAGCCGCACCUUCUCCACCCUCCUGCUCGUCAUCCUGCUCGCCUUCCUCUGGAGACAUUGGGACGCCAUCUCCGAGUAUUUUCACCGCUUUCUGCUGCACCCCAGAUGACCGGUCCAGGGGGCGGGUCUGUGAAGGAAACCAGUGCACUUGUACAGAAACGUGGAGUCUUGGCUUUCUUUUCUUACAGUUUUUCUCAAAACUCUUUUGAUUUCUGACUUUUGUUUUGAGGAUAAACGGAGCGAGGCUGAAUGUUUGGAAGAAUCUUUGUGUCUUACGUGCAAUGGUGGCGCCAGCACACGCUGUAGAAUCAGAGGAGGGAUGGGGAGGAUCCCGGAGAGAACUGCACAAUUGAUUUCUCUCUUGAGUGAAUUUGUUUACAUGAGGAAAAUCGUAUUAUUUCUUCUUAUUUUAUGAUGAUUUCAGUGGUAUUUUGAACGUCACUGCUAUUUUAAUACAGCUUUUUUAAUGGUGAUGAGCUGACAGUGUUCUUAAGAUUUAUUUAUCCAUGUUUUCAGAAGCUUCCUCACUAUCUUUGUGUCUUGUUUUUUUUUUUUUUUUCAGUCUGCUUUUGCCCUUUAUUCUGUUUUUUUUGGAGCUCGGGUGACCAAGUACGACUCUGUGCGCUCACUGUACCUGCAGGUUGUGGUGCCUCCACGUCGGCUUCAUUCUACUGGAAUCGCACUGGAUCAAAUAGUUUGGGACUGUUUCAUGUAGGUGUGGUGAGCCAAUAACUGGUUCUGCCACAGCUACGGUUCUACUAUCGAAGGCGUUUGGAGUCGCGACCUGCCAACCGGCUGCUACUUCUCAAAGCUCUUUCAUCGCAGAGAAACUGAAUGAACAUACUUGAAGAGCCGCUAAUGUGCUCAAAGACUCAGUGCUUCCGUACUGUUUCUAUUAGUGACAAUGAAAUAGAAAUACUUUUUAGUUUAUUUUUUGUUUACUUUUUAAAUGAUGAAUAAAUUUCAUGUUUUUGAAAGCUGAA